AACAUAUAAAUCUCACCGUGCGCCACGCACACAUCUCAGUGUCGGUGGCGACUGCUUUGGUUAGAGCUCCCCCCACCCCCCACCAACUGAGAGAGCCUGGUCCUACGCAGACACAUCUCCAACAUAGCAUGUCUUCAUCUAGCUUCACAACUACCAACAUAUCGACCAAAGGGCCCUACGUCACCACAAUGAGUACCCUGAAAGGCUUGGGCUCUGCUAGCGGUGGCGCCUACAGCUCCAAGAGCUUCUCCUUCGGCGGCGGCUGCGGCGGUGGCGGCGGAGGCGGUGGUGGCGGCGGAGGCGGUCUCGCCUUGGCUUCCUAUGGCCGAGGUUAUGGCGCAGGGGGCGGCGGGGGCGCCGCCGGACUCGGCUUUGGGCUGGCUCAGUUCGGCGGCGGCGGUGGAGGAGGAGGCGGUGGCGGCGGUGGUGGUGGAGGAGGUUUUGGGAGCAGCGCGUCCUUCCAGGUGGGGCGCUCCGUGGCGUCGGGCGGGCUGCAUGGCGCCGCAGCGGCUUUCGGGGGGGGGCGCAGCCUGCCGCCGCUGGUGACGCGCGAAGGACAGAGGACCGUCCUGCGGAGUCUCAACGACAGGUUCGCCGGCUACAUCGAGAAGGUGCAGCGCCUGCAGGAGGAGAAUGUCCAGCUGGAGGCGCACCUCCAGAGCCUCACCGGCGGGGUGAGCAUCGCUCCCGUGGACGCCAGCGAGCUGGCCGGGGACCCCACGGCCCGCUUCAUGGAGCUGCGCGCCGAGUUCGACGCCCUCGUCCUCGCCAACGUGCAGCUGGAGAUCGAGCUGGACAACCUGCGAGCCUUCGCGCAGGAGAUGAAGGCCAAGUAUGAGUUCGAAGUUGGCGUAAAAUAUCAACUGGAGACCGACAUUGGCAACAUGAGAAAGGACCUGGACGGUGCCACGGAGCUCAAGGUGGAGUUGGAGUCCAGGUACAGCAUGCUCAUCGAGGAGCUGGAGUUCCUCAAGAGGGCUCAGGAAGAGGAGCUCGUGAAGAUCGGCGCCAAACCGGACAAGGUCGACUCAUCGGCCGCCAUCGACGUGGACGACUCGCGCUCCAUCGACCUGGCGGGAAUGCUGGGCAACAUGCGAGCCGAGUACGAGGCCAUCGCCCAGAAGAACAGAGCGGAUGCCGAUGCGUACUUCCAAAGCCAGAUGGCAACAAUCGAGGAGGACCAACACAAAGCUUCGUCCGAAACGGAGAGCACCACCUCAGAGAUCACGGAAGUCCAGAAGAGCAUGCAGGAGCUGCAGUUGGAGCUGCAAAGCCUCUUGUCCAAGAACGGGCAGCUACAUAACAUGCUCGCCGAGGUGGAGGGCCGCUACCGCUUUGAGAUCAGCGCCAUGGAGAGCCGCGUGGUGGACGUGGACGGCACGCUGCACUCCUCCAAGAUCGAGCUCCAGCGGCAGCUCGUCGCCUUCCAGCAGCUCCUCGACAUCAAGAUCGCUCUCGACACCGAGAUCGCCACCUACAAGCAGCUGCUCGAGGGGGGAGACGUCGGCUGGGAAGACUUAAUGAAGUCAAUGUCCAAUUCUGGGAACGUCACAUUCAAAGGCAGCGGCGGUGGGGGCUACGGUUCGGUGAAGAGCACGAUCGGGGGCGGCGGCGGCGGCGGCGGCAGCAGCAGCUCCGGAUUCUCCACCAGCUCCACCACGGCGACCACUGUCAAGUCUGUAGCCAACAGCGGCAGCUUGCUGGACGCAGCCACCGUGUCGGCCUCCACGCCGGCGAAGUCGGUCCAGAAGGUGGUCACCGUCAAGACCAUCGAGCUGGAGGACGGCGUCGUGGUCUCGCAGAGCGAGAAUACAAAAACAUCCGAGAUUGAGGCUUAAAUCGAGGUGCUCAAAAACAAAAACAAAAAACAGAGCCUAUCUCGCGGUGAAAUUCAUUAAGGCCGUGCAUGUUUGUGUUGGCUUACGUCCACUGUGGGUAGACAUCUUCUUAUUCUAAUGGAUUUGGUCGUAACUUGGUGAUUGCAUUUUUUUUAUUUUCCUCACUGGGGCAGGGUCAGUGCGUUGUCGAGUUUCUUUGCUUCUGUCAUCGAGGUGCUCCUGCAUAGCUUGCAUCUUUGCAAAAAAAUAAAUGAGUACAACUUUU